GCGGGCUGCGCCAUCAACAUUUCCAGUCCUUGGGCCCCCAAGGGGCUGUGCAAUCAGGCUUUUCUCGGUACAGUUGACAUGGAGUUUCUGUGCCGUACUUCUUUCAUAUGCUUCUCCCUUUCAUAUGCGUUUGGUGCAGCAGAGGAGGCAAAGGCUUCUCAAUGGCUCAGGAGGGAGCUAUCAGUCUCUCAUGCUGGGCAGGCUGCGACUGUUGCAGUCUCAGCUGCCGUGGCCAAUGAGGUGAAAGCCCAAUUGGGCAAGAUGGAAGUGGCCCAUUUCAACAGUUUGGAGGAGUUGAAAUCAGCUGCUGCUUCGAAGUUGAGGACCUUGCAGAUUCCUGUCUCAGAUGCCAGCAAUGAGAUAGAAAAUGUGGAGACCGUGUGGACCCAACAAGGUGAACAGGGCCCUCCCGGCGACGUUGGUUUGAUGGGUCUCCGUGGCCCCCCCGGUCCCGCGGGCCCCGCAGGGGACGACACGGUGGCGGAGGACUUGGAGUUGGAGGAUGCGGUGGGACCUCAGGGUCCGCCAGGUGCUCCGGGCCCUGAGGGCGACGUGGGGAAGACAGGGCCCCAGGGGGACGUGGGGCCACCAGGGCCGCCAGGGAAGACCGGAGAGUUCAGUGAGGAGCAGCGGGCGGAGUUUGCCAAAGUGGUGCGGCAACUGAACCAGGCCGUGAAACAUGCUGCGGAGAUGGAUAUGAUUGAGAACACGGUGCUGAUCAGGAGACUUCAAAGGUUGAAGAAUCAUUUUGCACACAUCCAAGCAAACUUAACGACGUCCGAACGCAUCCUCAUGGAACAGAGCAAGCAAGUGGAGUGGAAGGUGAAGAAUUUCUUGAAGAAUGAUGUCAAGGUGAACCAGACCCUGGCAGCAGCGAAGAAAGUGAACGACACAGAACAAGAGAUUCUUGAGGAAGAAGAGAAAGUGAAAGAUGAGAUUUUGGAAGCGACAGCAUCUGAGGCAUCGCAAGCUGAGAAGAGCGCCGCCAAAGUUGUCUCCUGAGGAUCUGAAUCACAGGCAAAA